AUGAUUACAAGAAACAAAGGACAACCAAAAACUUCUUCGGAAGAAACUGCAGUUUCAAACAACAAAAGCACAAGAAGUUUGCGUGUUCGAACAAAUGCAACAAACUAUUUUCCGACUGAUGAAGAUGCUGAAGAAGAUGAAGUCGAUUUGAAAAGAAAGAGAAAUGAUAAAGAGAAUACUGAGGAUGAACCAGAAGAAAAGAAGACCACAUUGAAAGGAUCGAACCCAUUUGAGAGAUUUGAAGCUUUAUUGGACAGAACUAACAAUUUGUCAACACCUGUAACAAUGGAAGAUUUAAUGGCUUUGCAUGGUAAGUUAAUUCUGAAAAAAACAUUUGAGAAAUUAUUCAUUUUGAACGUUGUUUCAGAGAAUAACUUAACGAAGCAGAACAAAAAGUCGAUUGAGCAAUAUAAAAUGUUAUCUUCUGGUUAUGAUAAAUCUGCCACAUUUUAUGACGAAACUCCUGAAUUUAUGAAUGCUGUUAUGAGAGAUUAUCAAGUUGCUGGUUUGAAUUGGAUGCUCGCUUUGCAAAAAGCUGGAUUGAAUGGUAUUUUGGCAGAUGAAAUGGGUCUUGGAAAAACAAUUCAAACAAUUUCGUUGUUGGCACAUAAUAAAAUUGUCGAAAAAUCAGCAAGUCCUAACUUGGUUAUUGUACCAUUGACGACUUUAUUGAAUUGGAGAGAUGAAAUCGAGAGAUUUUGCCCAAAACUUCGCGUUUUUGUACUUCAUGGAACUAUGGAUGAACGUGAACAAUUGAUGAAAACACGUAUGCGAAAACAAGAUUUUGAUGUAUGUAUCAUUUCUUAUGAAACUGCAUUGAGAUUGACUACCAAAGCUUUUCGCGUUCAUUUUAAUUAUGUCGUUAUUGAUGAAGGACAACGGAUCAAAAAUGAAAAUGUUCGAGUAAGUUGAAAUAUCAGAAAGUUUAUUCAAUAUAAAUACGUAUUUCAUUCAAGCUCGCAAAAGGUGUUCGUACAUUCAAAUCAAAUCGUCGUCUUCUUCUUACUGGAACUCCUUUCAACAAUAAUGUUCAUGAAGUUUGGGCUCUUCUUAAUUAUUUGGCUCCAGCCAUUUUCACAGAUGCUUUGCAAUUCGAAGAAUAUUUCUCAAGUUAUAAUUUAUCAGUCGAUGUUGAUAUUGUCAAUCGAUUGCAUAGAAUUCUCAAUCCAUUUAUUCUGAGAAGAGUCAAAGCAGAUGUCGAAAAAAGUCUCUUACCAAAAAAGGAAUAUAAAAUUUAUGUUGGAUUCACCGAACUUCAAAAAAUUUGGUAUCAAAAAGUGUUGAGUAAGGAAGGAAUUGCUAUUAUGAAAAAAGAUGGAUCAACCAAAAUGAAAAAGUAAGUAAAUAUAUAAUUUUUUGAAACAUAUGUUUUAUUCAAUUUCAGAGUUGAACAUGUAAUGAUGGCACUACGAGAAGUUGCUAAUCAUCCAUAUAUGUUCCCAGCAGCUGAACCUUCUGGUCCACCAUUUAUCACUGAUGAAACCAUUGUUACCGCUUCUGGAAAAAUGAUGGUUCUUGACAAAAUGUUGGAAAAAUUCAAGUCCGAAGGAAGUCGUGUUUUAAUCUUUUCUCAAUUCACAAUGAUGCUUGAUAUUUUGGAAGAUUAUGCCAUUUAUAGAGAGUAAGUGUUACUUUUUUUUUCUUUUCAUUAUAUUUUUUUGGACUAAUUCCAGGUAUGAUUAUUGCCGAUUUGAUGGUCAAACAAACCACGAUGAAAGACAUGAAAUGGUCUCAGAGUUCAAUCAAGUAGGAUCGGAAAAGUUUGUUUUCUUGAUGUCGACAAGAUCAGGUGGAUUGGGUAUCAAUUUAGCAUCGGCUGAUAUUGUUAUCAUUUAUGAUUCUGAUUGGAAUCCUCAAAUGGAUUUUCAAGCAUGUGAUAGAGCUCAUAGAAUUGGGCAGAAGAAACAGGUAUUUUCAUAAUGUUUCUUCGAAAUAGAUAAACUUAUGAUUUUAUAGGUUCGAGUUUUUCGUUUGAUUUCUGAAAAGACUGUUGAUGACUAUAUUAUGGAAACAAAUGAGCAUAAAGUUCGACUUGGAAAUGUAGUUAUUCAAGAUAGAGAUGAGCAAAUGAGAGUGAAAAAAUCGAAAAAAGAUAUGGUUAAAAUGAUUAUGGAUGGAUCACAUAAAGUAUUAGCAGGAUCAAUUGAAACAAUUGGAGAUAUUGACAUCGAAAAAAUGUUGAAAGAAGCAGAAGAAAGAAGUGAAAAAGAAAAUCCAGAAAGAAUGAAGCUAUUCCAAAGUAAUGAACAAUAUUUGGUACAUAAUAAAUCAGAACAUCCACUUUAUGAAUAUUCGGGUAAAAAUCAUUGGGGUUUGUGGCCGAAAAAACCAGAUGUUGAGAUCUUCGAAGACAAAUUGAGAAUGAAUCGUAAAUUCCAACCGAUUGGAGAAAGAGCUGUUAGUUUUUUCUUUUCAUUUGUUACAACCUGAUUUGUUUUUUUUUUUUAGCUCACUCUUCUCGAAUUUUGGAAAAAUUUUGGAUUGGAAUUCCACGGAGGUCAAGUCUACAAUUAUAAAUUUUAUCCAAAAAGAUAUAUUGAAUUGUGCGAAAAGAAGUUGGCAUUUUUGCGUUCGAACAAUCAAAUUUUGCUUCUGAAAACAACCGACAAGUUGAAUUUGACUGUAAAAAGCAAAGUUGAUUUGACAGUUGAGGAAAUUCAAGAAAUGGAAAAAUUGAAAGAAGAAGCUGCUUGUAGAUGGAGUUGGUUCAAGUUUUUGGCGUUUGUUGGUGUAAGUUAUUCACUGUCGGAAACAAUUCGAUAUUUUUCAAAUUAUUCGUUUUAGAAUCUUCGAGGAAUCGACAAAAAUGAUUAUGCAAGUCUCGCGACAAAGUCAAACAGUAAUGAAGCGGAAAUCAAGAGAUACAUGGAAAUUAUGUGGGAAAGAUUGGACGAAUUGCCAAAUUCUGAUCAAAUCAAAGAAAAUGUCGAAGCUGUAAGUUUUUUUCAUAAAGAUCAUUUGAAAAUAUGACUAACCUAGUUUUUUUCAAAAUUUAACCUGAUAAAUAUUUUCCCUGACGUUUCCAUUUUGAUAAUUUCUAUUUUUUUUUAGUAUGAACGAACAUCCGGAACCAACAAGGACAUUGACCAAGUUUUGGCAAACGCAUGUGCAAUUUGUGAUCAACCAGAAAAACAAUUAUUUUUCGAUUACUCUUUGGAGAAUUGGGAUUUGGACGAUUUUGGUUUUCUUCCUGCUGAAGACAGGUUCGUUUUUAAUCAACGUUUCAAAAAAAGUGCGAAUACUUCAAAUGAAAUAAUCUUUACAGAUAUCUGAUCGCAACUCUGCAACAAAAACCAUUCCAUGUUGAUAAUAUUCAGGGAUUCUUUUUGAACGAAUUGGGAAUGAUUAGAAGUUCUUGGCCAAUGAGAUAUUAUCCCGUUCAUGUUAUCAAGAAAAGAUUCGAUUAUCUCAUUGAAAUAAUCAAAAAAGGAGGUGUUCGUAAAUUGGUUGAAGAACCAAUCAAACAAGAAGAAGUUUUACACGAUAGUGUUAACAAAAUUUAA